GUUCGUACUUCAUUCAUCAAGCGACUUUCAACAAGCACGUACGCGUCGCGUUUCGUCGUCGCCCGCCGUUCCAUUAUUUUUGGUGGAGUGUUACUACAUUGUGGCUACUACCUUUGAAUAGUGUUCAAUCUGGUAGUAGAUAGAACCUACUACGCAAACAUAGUGAAAAGUAGGUACUUUGUGUGUGCACCAACUGCUAAAAGAUUUGCGGAAUUUCCCUUUGGCCGUCGUCGUCGUCGCCGUCGCGUCAUCGAUUCGAUUGGUGGAGAUCCGUCGUCGUAGUCGCCGAGAAAAAUUCAGAUCAGUGGCAGUCACAGGAGAAAAAUAGUGAAGUUUUUUUUGUGGAAGCUAUUCCGGUAAGUGCGAGCGAGACAGCAAUAAGCUGAGUUGUGACGAGGCAAAACGAAACGACAAGAAGUCGCGUUGCGUUAGUGUGUGCGUGUGUGUGUUUGGAAACGUCACUUUUUCCUAUCUGUUGGCCUGAAACACAAACAGAGCACCACGGAGACGUGUGGGUGUGUGAGUGCAAGUGCCCGCCCCGGUAGUAAUAAUAAUAAUACUAAAAAUGGUGGCGCAGUUUCAUUAAUCCACUUUGGCUUUGUUUGUGUUGGUGCUUUUAAUUCACUCGAAAAGCAGCCGUCCGCCUAUCCGUAUAAGCGGCGGGUUUUCGACAGUGUUUGCCCGAUCGUAUAGUGUUGGUGAGGUGAAAUUAUUAUUGUUGGUUGGCUCUCGGCGGAUGAUGGCCGAUGUUUCCAUUGGGCUGAAUAACAAUAAUAACCGAGUGGAAGAACAGCAACAACAACAGAAGCAGCAAAAGAAGCACCGAAGACAGCAGUCGUGCUUUGUCGAUUUGGCAGUAGCGGAGUUGUUCAUCAACGUAGCAACUGUGACAGAAAAUUGCAUGAUACUAUAUUGAAACUACAAUAACUAUACGGAGUGAGUGUGAAAAUAGUCAACCGAAAAUGAAUCAUCCCAAAGUGACAAUUGAAACAACACGUAUCAUUCCUCAACUAAUAAAAACUUACCAACCGCGGUUCACCUCGUCAACAGGUGAUCAAAUUCGCCGGCUGCCGGUUCUAUCUGCCACCGUGAUGUUUGACAGUGAUUGAAUGAAAUUUGUGCUCGACAUAGAUUCGAAGCAGGAAACAAGUUUGCCGGAUUCGCGAAAGAGUUCUCUUCGUCGACCCACUUGUUGUUUGGUAAAAAUUCGCAAAACCGGUUUCAUUUGUACCAAAGAAGGAAACGUGUCCUAGUUAGGUAGCUUGAAAUCCCUCAAGAGCCGCGUCUGGCCGCAAAUGAAAACGUCGCAUUUCCGCUCGAAUUUCGACUUUUCCGGUCGGCCACCAGUAGUUUCUCCGUCGUUGUCGUCGUCGUCUUUGUUGAUCCAACAACAACAACAACAACCGGAACAGGAACAACAAUUCGUUCAGCAUUCGUCGACUUCGAACCGCAACCAACAGUUGUUUUCUUCGCCGUCGCACCAAUUUGACCAACAAUUCCGCGAAGGAUAUCUCGAUCGCAGCGGCAGAAGUGAUCUACAUCAGUACCAUCACCAGCACUACCACCACCGAAGUGGUUCCAGUAGUGGUGUUGGUCAGCAGUACCACCUGCAGCAACAACAGCAACCGGCUAUACAAAGUAACCGCACCAGCAGCAGCAGCGGUGAAGGUUUCUUGCCAAAAACUGGGGAGAUUGUUGCCGUGUCAUCGUCAACGUCCCCGCCGCCGGUACCGCCACCGCCUUCCUUGUCGUUGGUGUCCUGUGUAGACGAAGAGCAGCAGAAUCAAUUCCUGUCGGCAGCAGAACCAUCACAUCGCCGACAACAUCAGCAACAACAACAACAACAGCCGGCGAGAGUGGUUAGCUAUCAAGAUCAGCAGUAUUCCUCCGGUGACAGAGCUUUUACUAGUGUGCGACACCAACAACAACAACGACGUCAGAACCGUUCUGGCGAAAAGGAACCUGCUGUCAUCGUUGUCGUUCCCGAAGAAGAACUAGGAGAAGUAGAUCGAGAAGCCCCUCCGCCAGCAGUCGUCCGAUCGAGUGCGGUUGUAAUUGACGGUGGACAAUCGUUGCUGGCACCGUCUGUCAUCUACGAAACGUCAUCUUCAUCAUCAGCAUCGACGUCGUUGCGCUAUGAUGGUGGACUAAGUUCUCAUCGACAGAACCAUUCGCACCAAUCGAAAGCAGCGGCGGAAUCAACGGCAUUAGUUGCCAUCGAUUCAAGCAACAACAACAACAACGGUAUUUUGCUGCAACGCCGCAGUCAACCUCAGCAUCUGGUGGCUGCAACAAACUCUAGCUACAACCGGAGCCAUCUGCAGCAGGCUGAAAAUAGCAACAGUAGUAGUGGUCACAUAAAAUAUCCACUACCUCCGCCUCCGCCACCACUGCAAAAGGCAACGACAGCAGCAGCAACAGCAGCAGUAGCAGCUCCGACCAAACGCAAGAGAGAAACAGCUGAGUGUGACUGUGGCUGCGUGGAAAGUGCUACGGUCGUUGUAACAACCGGCAGCAGUUCUACUUCCCUCGCCAGUAACAAUAUCGGUAGCAACAAUAACAACACCAGCAGCAUCAAGAACUCCGGCAGCAGCGGAGGCGGUGGCGGUGGCGGCGGCAGUUCCGUUGUAGUGGCUGCUACCUCGGGGGCUAUGGGCGCCCCAUCCAACGGCUCCAAGACGGCACAUUCAAAGGUGGCAACCGGAGGAGGUCAUGCCAACACGCAGACCUCCAGCAAACGCUCGAGCAGUGGAGCCGACGGGGACUACCAGUUGGUGCAGCACGAGGUGCUGUACUCCCUGUGUGCGCAGUACGAGGUGCUAGAGUUCCUCGGCCGGGGCACCUUCGGACAGGUGGUAAAAUGCUGGAAAAAGGGCACAAGCGACAUCGUCGCCAUCAAGAUCCUCAAAAAUCACCCGUCCUACGCACGGCAGGGCCAGAUCGAGGUGUCGAUCCUGUCCCGCCUGAGCCAGGAGAAUGCCGACGAGUUCAACUUUGUGCGGGCACUGGAGUGCUUCCAGCAUAAAAAUCACACAUGCCUGGUGUUCGAAAUGCUGGAGCAGAACCUGUACGACUUCCUGAAGCAGAACAAAUUUUCGCCGCUGCCACUGAAGUACAUCCGACCGAUACUGCAGCAGGUUUUAACGGCGUUGUUAAAAUUGAAACAGCUCGGCUUGAUCCACGCCGAUCUGAAGCCCGAAAACAUCAUGUUGGUCGACCCGGUUAGGCAACCGUACAGGGUAAAAGUGAUAGAUUUCGGUUCGGCGUCUCACGUCAGCAAAACGGUGUGCAAUACGUACCUGCAGUCGCGCUACUACCGGGCGCCGGAGAUUAUCCUCGGGCUGCCGUUCUGCGAGGCCAUCGACAUGUGGUCGCUGGGGUGUGUCGUGGCGGAGCUGUUUCUCGGGUGGCCCCUGUAUCCGGGCUCCUCUGAGUAUGAUCAAAUCAGGUACAUAUCGCAGACACAGGGUCUCCCAACCGAGCACAUGUUGAACAGUGCCAGCAAAACGGCUAAGUUUUUCUACCGGGAUGUCGAAUCCACCUAUCCCUUCUGGCGAUUAAAAACGCCGGAAGAGCACGAAGCGGAAACCAACAACAAAAGCAAGGAGGCUCGAAAGUAUAUCUUCAACUGUCUGGAUGAUAUCGGACAGGUGAACGUGCCAACCGACAUUGAGGGUGGCCAGCUGCUGGCGGAAAAGACUGACCGACGGGAAUUCAUCGAUCUUCUGAAGCGAAUGCUGACGAUCGACCAGGAACGAAGGAUAACUCCGGGUGAAGCGCUGAAUCAUCCGUUCACGACAUUGGCACAUCUGGUGGACUAUGCCCACUGCAACAACGUCAAAGCGUCCGUCCAGAUGAUGGAGGUGUGCCGAAGGACGGACUCAAUGAUUCACACUUACAAUCUGAGCGUUCAGCCAACGACGGCCACCCUGGUGACCAACUUUGUACCAAAUGCCACCGAGAAUAUGACCAUCACGUUCAACAACCAAGUACAGAGGAUCGUUCGGGAGCGAGGUCCUACGUACGACAACCAUCUGUACCAGAUAUACCGGGGUCGGAAUGUUGGUGGUCAGUACAGCAACGGUCGGCCAGAUGCAUUCCAGCAUCAGUUGGUGUCCAGCAUCCUGUGUCCUCCGGGGUAUCAGACGAUGCCCAGUCCGACAAAGCACGUGGUCGUCGGAGGCACGUCGAUGCAGCCUCCUCUGCAGGUUCCACCGCAGCAGUACGUCAAUGUUCCUGUUCCUGUAUCGAUGGUCGAACCGUCCUCGGGUCAGCGGAUGCUGCUGACCAAUGCGGUUCAACCGAACGUUGCCUGGCCGCAGAGUGGCCGCCAGGUGGCAAUUGUGCCAUCGUGGUCGCAGCAAACCGGACCGCACUCGCUAAUCGUCGACUCGGCGCCGUUUCUCAACGUGGAGGAGAUCUACCCAAAGCCGCAUCUCAACAUCCAGACGCGGCAUCCCGAGCCGAAGAAGGAAUCACCGGUACACCAUCUUGUCGUCUCCCGCCACGACAAGAAGGAAAACAACCAACUAUCACCGGUGAAAAAGCGCGUCAAAGAGAACACCCCGCCUCAUCAGCAGAGGUACAACAGCAACCGGAACAACCACAUGUGCCAGCAGUACCACGAUGUGGGUGGUCCGUCCUCUUCGUCGUCGUCGUUCUAUCACGGCAGCAGCAGUAGCAACAGCAAUCAACUGCAAAUCCCACAGCAGCAAAUUCCGCCACAACAGCAUCAUCACCAUUCUUCGUCCUCGUCAUCGCAACAGCAGCAGGUACAAUCGCAACAGGCUAGCAGUAGCAGUGGAAACCACCACCAUCACCACCACUAUCAGCAGAUCGAUUCCGGAUCGAUGGGUGGCAAUGGAAGCGGCCUGAGCGGAUCCAACAAUGUACAAAUUCACCAUUCUUCGUCGUCGUACGGCGGCAGUGGCAAUGGAGGAAGCAGCGGCAGCAUGAUGAUGAACAGCGGAAGCAUACACCAUGGAUCGAGCAGCAACAGUCACCAUCAUGGCGGCAGUGGCAGUGGAAGUCACAUACACCACAGCAGCCACAGCAGUCAUCAUAGCAAGGCGCAAACGAUCACAAUUCACGAUACUCCUUCUCCAACGGCCGUGAUCACCAUCUCGGAUAGUGAAGACGAGACAACGGAUGUUAAACAGUCGACCAACAGUUCCAAAUCGCAACAGCAUCAGUCUACUAGUAUGUGUGGUCCAAGCUCUAGCAGUCAACAGCACAUCCGAGGUCAUCCGAGUGGCAACAGUUCCUCGUCCUCGAAUCAAUGCCGUGCGAAUAUGGGCAUGAGUGGUGGCGUCGGAAGCAGCAGCUGUAACAUCAAACCUUCGUCCUCUUCGUCCAAUAUCCACCAUUCUUCAUCGUCUUCUUCGUUGGCAGCACUGAACCAGCAACCUCCGCCACCAAGUGGCAGCAGUAGCAGCUCUCAUCAUCACUCGCAUUACCACUUGCAACAGCAGCAACAGAUCCCACAGUCAUCGUCACACAUGCAGCAGCAGCAACAGCAACAACAGCAUCAUCCGAGCGUGAUCAGCAGUGGAAGCAGUAGCAUGUGCGGCGGCGGCAGCAGUCAGUCAGGAUCGAUGUCCUCCAGUAGACAGCGUAAAAGCACAGCGGUGGCGUCCACUUCGACAGCAUGUGUGACCGUUGGCGAUAGCGACGGGGAGAACGAUAGGCGAAAUACGCCGAAACAUCAGACCAUAAAAUACGAGCAUCAUGCGGGUCAGUCGCAGAAGAAACGGCUUCUCGCAAUGGCCCAAAACGAAUGUCUGCUGUCGUCGUCUACGAAUCAGUUGCACGUGCCGAAGCAGGAGCCAACGGAGUUCGUUGCCUACGAGUAUCCCCAAGUGGAUAAGCGUUCGUCGUGGGCUCCACCUGGUUCGUCGUCCCAUUACGGAGGAGGCCACAAUGGCAGUAGCAGUAGCAGCGGUGGUGGCCACAAACGGGAAUCGUCCGCCUACAUGAUAUCGUCGUCGUCUUCGUCGGUCAACCAGGGCGGCAGCAGCAGUAGUAUGGGUGGUGGUCCCAUAGGUGCAGCCCCUCCGCACGCCCAUGCCAAGAACACACCCACGGGCGGAAGCGGUUCGUCGUGGGGUGCCCCCGUGUAUCGGCAGCACCAGCAAAGUUCGAACACUCCGUUGGGAAGCUCGCCGGGAGCGAUAUUGCAGCAGCAGGACAUUUAUGCGCAGGGGGACAUAUACCGGCGGUCGGCGGUGUUUGUGUCACAGGCACCGUACCAGACAUACAAUCGGGUAGUUCCGCCGCCGGCGCACAACGCUUCCAGCAGACAGGUUCUUCCGACGCAUCCGCUACCGGCGCACAUCCAGUUCCCGACGCAGUUCAGCCAGUUCGGACCGCUCAGUCCGGCCCAGAUGGCCAACAAGCACUACUGGUUUAACGAGUAGGAGGUAGUAGCGCUAUAGAGUGACGGACGAUGAUAGGAGGGGAUCGCUUUUGGUCGCACGAGUAACGCGACAGGUAGGAGCUAUGGCUUUGCAAAAUUUUCCAGAAUGGGACAAAACAAACGAGUUUGUAUUUUUUGUUUUUCUUUUUUUAAUGACUGUCAUGUCUCAAUGAAUUGCCUUAUCCGGAUAUGUAUACAACAAAUAUGCUAGAACAGAAUAUGUCUUAUCUCGAUUGUCGUUAGGAAUUAUUUGUAUGGGUUUUCUUCGCUUGCGUACAAAUGUAAUUAGUAGUUGGACAUAUGAGUAGACAAAGAAUGUGUCACGAUGGCAUAAGUAGCUGAUUAGUUUGGUGAAAUUUUCGCAAUUGCAGUGUAAAUUAGGUUCUUUUUAAGAGAGAGGGGGUUUACGUUUCGCGCAAUACAGUUUAUAAUUCACCUUACGCAUACACUUAUACUGUUACAAAUUCACAGAUAGGCCGGACGAAAAACAGAUCCGCGCUUACACACUAGUAAACGGGAAAUGGGGAAGUCUCAAAAGUAGAUUUAGAGCCAUUGAGGAUAGAAGAAGGAUUUUGGGGGGUCCCAGAUUUGGGAGAUUUAGUGAGAAGGGAAGACUUUUUAGACAGGCAUAGGAGCGAGAAAGAGAUCGAGGGAGGGCAAAAUUGUGCUGAAUGUGAUUAUUUUAUCUACUACUCUAGAUAUAGUUCAAGGUAAUAGUCGUUUAACGUUUCUAAUACUUUUUUUUUGCUUUAACGUGAGCAUGUGAGUCAGUGUAAUCAAAUUAUAAUACCCAAUCUGACGAUUGCAAAACAGCAAACAAAUUACAUACAUUUACACACAGAAGUAACACACAGACGUUGCAAAUAUAAUCAAUAUUCUACAUUUCAAGAUCUCACACAUGGGGAUUUCUGCUAUCCAAUAGGGCCGGAGUAUCUCCAAAUUAAAUGAAAAUUUGUCUCGGAAUGAAAUUCCUGGGUUAAUGAAUAAACUGAAAAUUUUCCGGGAGUUAUAAUAGUUGUUACCAAUUUUCCAUUUACUUCGGAGAACAUUUGGCACUUCGAUGAUAGAAACUCCCAUAUUAAUCCUAUCUGAGUGCGUCCCACCAUCAUGUUUAAGUUGAGAUAUAUGAUUAUCAUCGUGUUACUGUACUGCAAUUGCUAUUCACAAAAAAAUCUAAGAAAACUAGGGCCAAUAGGCUAAGUGUUUUGUUUUGCGUGUGCGAGUAAUGUUCGUUUUUACCCUUUGAAAUUGUUUGAACAGUUGUAGUGGGUCGUAGCGUACCUAAGCUACGCGAAUGAAGCUACGCGAAUGAAGCUAAGCCGAACCGGUUAGAGAACGAUUCAAACGAUACCGUGUGAUUAGAGGUUUUCGUUUCUGUACAUAGUUUAGGGAGGAGUAUUUAGUAGUGUUAUCUUGACGCAGGAUAGAACGGUAGGAGUGUAUUAUGUAAGCCGAGCAAAAUGGAAAGAAAUACUGAAAACAAUAAUAUAUUUUUGUGCAUAUUUUAUAUUUAUAUAUAUCUGUAGUCAUAACUAGCAGACAAACACAAACUCACACAGUAAAUGGAACUAACUAGAAAGAAAGGCAACCGUGGGUGGAAUCCGUCAAUGUUUAGUGGGAAAUACAAGUGGGGAAGUUUUUGUACUGACUUUGAUGUUGAUUUCGUAUUUGUGCAUUUUAUUUUGAAAUAUGCGAAACAGAAUGAACAUGUAGGUGGUAUAGCAACAAGGAAUCGAAAGGCUCGAUUAGUCAAUUGUGUUGUUUUUUUUUGUGUGGAAAUGCUUUGUUCUUAUGUGCCUAGGGAUGAAAUUUUUUUUCUAAAAAUUUCCUAAGUAAAAAUUGUAUUUCAUAUAAAAACGCUAUUAGCACAAUCGAAUGAUUAAGGAAGAACCACAUUUGGUCUUUAUGCCAAAAUUAUUACACCAAGCGACAAUAGGCCGAAUGGGGUACUGGGGUCAUACGCAAAUAACUUCAUUUCUGCCUGUAUUAUUUUCCUAACAAAUCAUUUUCAGGAAUAUUUGCUUGAAGCAGAUUCAAUCUGUUGGCAAUAAUUUUAGAAACGAUUCUAUUUUAUUCGCAGAUUUCGCGUAAGUGUUUCUGCUAGUGUGUUCGCCACAUCUCGCUUGGCCCUUCACACAGACUCGCAUGUAGGCAUGGGAAACACUCACUCAAUUAUUUCAUUUCGCCCGCUCGUUUCCACGUUUCCCGAUUAGGAGCGAGUUUGGCUCUACCCUAGACAAGCACAUUUUUUCGGUGUUCAUUGCGUUCUCCGUGCGUGCUUCAUUAACAUGUGGUAUUUCUUCUCUUCUGUUUGAAAUGCAAGCACAGAUUACCAAAAUAACUAACAUCCGGUGAGCACACAAUGAACGGUAAACACGGGUGAACUACAGGUCGUUAUUGUCAUGUUCUCCUCUUCCGGAGCCACCAGGGUGAAAAGGCGCCAUGUUUUCGAUUCUAGCACGUUUGUUUUAAACAUGCAGAUAGUUGUAACAAAGAUUUCCGUGUUGACCAGCACACUUGGCACACAAGAGGCAUGAUAAGCGUUUCAUUUCAUUUUCUCUACUUUCAGGUUUUUGGAGGUUGAUGUGUUGAAAUGCAUUACGGUAAUCUGGAAUGUUUGUUGUCAUUACUUGAUGAAUUGAGGCCCCAGCAGAAAGGUAUCGUUUGUGUUGCGUUGACAGAAGUUUGACAGAUAACGCAAACUCUUAGACGCACUUUACAUGCCCUCAAAUAGUGAAAUAUUUUUGUCAUAUUUCUCCUCUCCUGGAGCCACCAGGGUGCAAAGACGUCAUGCUUUUGAUUCCAGUAUGUUUUCUGUAAACAUGCAAAUACUUAAAUCAGAUCAGAUAUCAAUGUAACGACGAUUGCUUUGUUGAUCAACACGCUUGCUCGAGGCGUUCCAUGUCAUUUUCACGGAAAGUAGCAAAAGUUAGGUUCAUCAGCAGGAUGUUUGGACCAAAGUUGCUCUCACGAAAGCAAGAUUUCUGGUCUGAAAUCACUUGGACUAUUCAAACUUUUCAUAAACCUACAUAGUACCUAAUACCAAUAAUGACGUAAUUUCCCGGUUCUUGGUGCUUGAUGUGUUUGAGCUUGAAAGUUCAUUGGCGACAUUACUUGAUGAGUUAAGGCCAUCGUAGGAUUGUUACUUUGACAAAAGUUUGACAGAUAACGUGAACUGUUAGUCGCGUUAUUUUUGUCAUGUUUCUCCUCUUCUGGAGCCACCAUCGCCACCUCCAGAAGCCGCCGAUUAUAGCAUGUGUUAUGUCAACAUGCAGAUGGUUAGUACAGAAACCAUUGUAACGAUGAUUGUCUUGUUGACCAGCACACUUGCUCGAGGCAUGAUAAGCGUUCCAUGGAUGUUCCAUUUUCACAUAAAGUAGCGAAAGUUUGGUGCACAAGGAUGUUUAGAUCAAUGCUCUUUCACAACAGCAAGAUUCCCUUUCUGAUAUUACUUGGGCUACUCAACUUUUUCAUAAGCACAGAUAUUAAGUAGUUAUCGAUCCUUAAUGGCUUGCCUUUUGUGUGAAGGUAAUCGAUUAUUUCCGAACGUAAUUUGACCAAUAACUGCCAAUGAAGCCUCGUCACCAUUAGGCACUACGAACCUGGUAAUUUUCUAUCUAUUAUGAGUUCUACAGAAAUCACCAGGUGAGACAUAUUCCAAUAUUGAUCAUUUUUUUAUAUCACAGGGAACAGAUGCAUUUCCACAAGGUUUUCCCUAAUUUUCAAAUUAAGAGCCCCCUUUCCGAGUAUGACGUGACGACCGUUAACCAUAAGGUUAAAAACUUUGGCAACUAUCGAGAAUGCAUUUGGGCAUACACAAAUUUGUACACUAAAAUCUAUUAGGCUAUAAAAUGGUAAACACAUGCGCCACCGCAUUAACAGCAUUGAUUAGGAAAACAAAAUAAAUAUUACAAAACACUCGAUAGAUAUUCUACUUGUGAUGUUUAAUAGGAAGCAGCCAGUUUUUGACACUUUUCUAAAUUGCCUAUCGUUAGACCAAUACAACUCAAGUUAGUGUGCGCGUUGGUUUACUGCUCGCUCUGAUGCAUUAGUAGAAGGGAAACUUACCGCGUGUAAGGCUGUGUUUGUGUGUUAUUGUACCAUAUUAGCGAGCGCACGACCUCUGGCAGGUCAGGAAAAGGUUAAACUGUACUACCCGUAUCAAGAUCAUUGUGUUGUAUUCCGAGAGCAUACAUCUUUCUAAUCGUGCUAAAGUAGUGAGAUAAGAACAUGCAAAACAAAUAAAACAAAUACACAAGCAGACACAAACACACACACAUGAGAGAAUAAAUUAAAAUGCCUUAUACGGAUAUGAAUAUAAGAAAGUAUGAUAUAAAUUAAUUAUCUAGUUAUUGAUCAUAUAUUAAUAAAAAGUGAACAUAGAAACAAAACAAAAAGUACUACGUUGAGUGUAAUUAUUGGAAUAGAAGAAAAUAUCUAACAAACAACCGAGAAAGGUUUAUCUUAUUCACUUCAAUUCGCUUCGGUUAUAGUCGUUUGUAAACCAAUUCAUUUAUUUUUUUUGUGAUUCAAAGGGGCUGAACAAAUACUUCUACUAUUAUUGUUAAGUGUCAUUAGAGGGUACGAUUGUUUUUAAUCACAGCAAACUGCUAAUAUCAAUACUACUAAAACUACUACUACUACUACAGUUUAUUUCAAUGGGUGAUUAUAGUAAUAUAUGUAUGUUUUUUAAUUAAUUAUCAAACAUUAAUUUGUUUCCACGCGCCUCGGCUUAUUCGUCUGAGCGUACUCUUAUUUGUUUUCUUUUAUCAAACGUAAUCCUAAGAAGUCACAUAGUUAUGGAUAAUAGUCACACCUUCGUGCGAGUUGCGCAUACAUAGGAUGUCCGUAACCAAUACAUACACAGCAACAAAACAAACAAAAAACUCACACAAACACACAUACUUUAAAACUAAUUCAAUCAAUUUAGAGAGACUGGAAAUUUUUAUAUAUUAUCUAAUGAUUAGGUUUUAUGUAUAUACUACUACUUUGUACACAUGGUAAGCACUGAUAAAGGAACGUAGAAAAACUACAACUUUUUACAAACAAUUCAACAAACUUCUACACUAUCGGUUGCAGCAAUUUUUCCGUGCAUAUAACGAUUGAAUUUGUGGUAUUAACAAACAUUUUGAGAAGCAGUCGAUUUGUGUUUAUUUCUUUUAAACCACUAAACAACUAGAGACAAGUACGUGCGAGAUUAAUAGCGCUUUAUAUUCACACUCAAGUCAGUAAUUUUUAUCCAGCUUAUUUAAGGUUUCUUGUUUUCUACUUUGUGAACUUCGAUGGAGUCAGAGACUCCGUGUCGAAAUCACGACUGGCAAUAUUGCCAACUUCUUUUAAAUAUGUUAUCUUUGAUAAAAACGUAGCCCCUUUAUGGUCGACAUAUAAAAGCUUUCAUUUUUUUAAAAUAACUUUGAAAUUGUGUACCGCGUGUGUAUUUAGUCAGACAUCCAAGUCCCACCCGGCAUGCAAUACAAUUGAAUCGAAAUGGGAUCAAGAGACUGAUUUUUUGCGAUGGUUACACGCGCGCGUAAUACACACGUUCAAUACACACUAGCUAGCAUUCAGCACACUUCCUCCGCCAGUAGUUUGUAGGAUUUUGAAUUUUACACUGUUAUACUGUACCGAUUAUUAUAUCACUCACACUUAUCCCGGCGAAGCAAACAAACACCGUGGAGCCGUUAUUUUUUUUCUUGUUUACUUUAACAGGCCUUUGAAUAUUCAGGUGUAAGUUAGCGAUUACCACCUUCAAAACACAAAAAGCAGUAGCGAUUAGGAAGGCUAGUAUCAUUAUUUUUCUUUUGCCCAUUCACUAAAUAAAAACAAACAAUUACAAAAUAAUUCAGAAAAAAAAAUACGAUUAUUAAUCAACUUGCUGGACAUUGUGUAUGUGUUAGUGUAUGAAGUUCUCUUAUUACUUUUAUUCUCAUUCGGUAUGUAUCUUUAUUUUUUUCUUUGAAUUUCUUAUUCAAUGUAACAAUGCCUUAUUAUGAGUAUAUAUCAAUUACACAUAUGAGUACAUUUUAUACGAAAACACUAUGGAUGGAUGAAAAAAUGGAUACAAAAAACAAACGCUGAACAAAAAACCGUAAUAAAACACAAACAUAAAAUCUA